AUGAACGUACUAGGUCACUUCAACUACUAUAACGGAUUGGGGACUCCCGCUCUUAACGAUCUCGCAAUCAUCGAGGGGACUUCUCCACACAACAAGAUAUACCAAAUGCCAGUUGCUGACCUGCGCUCCUUAUCUACUCCUUUGUCAAGUUACACACACGAGAAAAAUGGAUUCCAGAUUUUGCGUCAACCUCUUCCAAUUACUCCCUCUUCAAGCUUGAUCCACGAUUACAAGACGAUGGUUCAAGAAUACUAUCCCGCCAUGACAGAUCUGUUGAAAAGAAAGCUCGGUGUACGAUGCGCGAUUGUGCGCAAACACUCCAUUCGCGAUAUUCCAAGCUGGGCUCCAGUUGGCAUGAAUCCCGAGGUCGGGUUUAAUAUUGAGUCUCUUGCACCAUUCAGCAUUGCACAUUCCGACUACACGCCAGCAGGCGCUCGAGGGCAUUUCCGCGCGAUGAAAGAAUCCCACUGGUUUCCAGAAAACGGAACGGCAGACGGGUGCACUACGAAGGCCGAGCGAGAAGACUUUCUUCAGCUGCGCCGAGAGAUUAUUGACGCCGAGGAUCGAGCGAUUGCAGAAGCUGGACUUGACCCGGAAGUGGAGGGAGAUGAUAUCCUGCCAAGCGGUGGUCACUGGGAUUGGGAUGGUGCGAAUUACAACGGACCACGUUACGCCAUCUUCAGUGUCUGGCGUGCGUGGGAGACUGUACGUCGAGAUCCUUUAGCCGUUAUGGAUAUGAGCCUCCCGCAGUCGCAAAAGGUAGAUUACGCUCCGCUAACCAGGACAUAUCGCGAUCGUCCUGGCUGUGUGCCGUUUUACUAUAGUCAAAACGCCAUGCUUCGGCCUCCGCAGGCGAGAAGAGAUUCUGGAUACGAAAGCACCAAUAUUGAAGGAGGCCGAGGACAUCCUUGGCGCUACCUCAGUGAACAGACGCCGGAGGAAGUCUACCUGAUUAAGUUCUUCGACAGCGAAGCCUUAUUGCGAAUGGAUGACGGGAGGAAUCAAACGGUGCUCAUGUGCCCCCACAGUGCUUUUCAGGCUGCGGGUAUGGAGAAGGAGCCUGUUCGGCGGAGUUGUGAACUAAGAGUUUGGUGUAUAUGGUAA